GAGGAAGAAACUCUUUCUCAGAGAAGGGUGCUCCAAAAAAGAAGUCAAAUAAAUUAUGCUGAAUCAGACGCAGAAAUGAAUUCAGAUUCAGAUUAUGUUAUAAAAGGAAAAUUUAAAAAAGAGGGUGAAGAGGCAGAUCAAGCUUCGAAUCUAACACCAAACAAACCCAUUUUAACGAGAAUGAUGUAUGAUGAAUAUUUCCCAUACUUAAUUUGCGCGUUCAAUAACACAAUAAAUUACCUUAAGAAAAUAACUGAAAAUAAAACCUUUAUGGAAAUAAAAAAGAUACUGCAAAUGAAUGACCAACUAAUCUUGCAGAAAUCUUUUAUUAGAAAGCUGAAAGUGAUUUUUGAAACUGAUUACAGCAAAAUUGAAUCAAAAAUCAUUGAAGAGACAACAAUUAAAGAUAGUGAUCAGACAGAGGAUGCAAGAUUUAACUUUUUUAUUUGGAAUACAUUGCUAAAUUUUGCUGCAAAUUUUAGGUAUAAGAUUCUGAAAGUUUUGGACUGUGAUAUGUCUGAGCGAACCUUUAUUAUUGAAUGUUUAUCUCCAAUUUUUUGUGCAUUACAAAAUGCGUUUUCAGAUAUCAAAUAUGGAUGGAUUGAGAAAGAUGUUACCUCAAUAAAAGUAGCCAAUAAUAUGUUUGAAUAUGAUAUUAGUUCACGAAAA